GUUUAUGGUCAAUAUGCUCAAUGCAUAUUCAUCGAAGAUCUAUUAUAUCCUUGUCUAACCAAAUGUAUUUUUCAGGGGAUCUACUUAUAAUUGAACAAGCGUAUAUAAAUGAUUGAUUUGUAUUGAAAUUAUAAUCUUGAUUUACUUAUCAACAAAGAUGGAUAGUUGUUAACAGUGAGAUUGAGAAUUUGCAUUUCGUUCUAUUUAGGAUUCGUCAGCUGGAUGUAAAUGCAUCUCAGAGUUGAUGUUCACUCUAUGAUUCCAAUAUAAACACGGAGAUUCAGGCACAUCUAACUGACGUGUCCUAAAUAGGAUGAAACGUGCGUCAAACUGGAUUCCAUUGCUAGCCACCACCAUCCAUCUUUGCUUAAGAAGCUUGUGACUUAAGGCUAUAUCGAGGCAAUUCUCACAGGAUGCACAUAUACCAACAAGAGACUGAUCAAUUGUAGUCCUAAAGAACAAUGAGAAGUUUCAAGUAAACCAUAUGUGCCUAUUCCAACGUUGUAGCUGACUGACUGACUGAUACUACUGAAUUAUAUAUUGAUUCAAUAUUUAUUAUUAUUAACUAUGAUUAUUUAAUUCAGAAUCUUAAUACUAUCUAGGUUACCAAAUGAAAGAUCCUGAGUAUGUACGUUAUAAUUAUGAACAUAAAACAUUGUAAGUUAUUCGUCUUUUAUAUGUGACUAAAUACAUUUCAUCUAUUCAGUAGUAAAUAAAGAUAAGAUUACUUUAUGGUUUACAUAAGAUUCAUUAACCAUAGGGGUUCGUUUACUCUCAAUUCUGGACAUGUCAAAUUCAUCAUUUCAUUUGACAGUAAAAUGGUUGAUGAAACUAUUAGAACCAUUACACCAAGAAUUGAUUAAGCAUAGCGUUAAAGGUGUAUUUAAAUUUGUGAAUACAAUAAAAAGAUAUGAAUAUGAAUGACAAAAUCAUGUUAUCAUUAGACAUAACAUCUUUGUUCACUAAGCUAUACGGUUAUGUAGAGCUGAAGGUCUCAUAUGAGACUGGAGGUUCUCCAUUGAUAUUGUGGAUGGUUCGGCAUUGCUUUAGCAAGUUUUGCUGAUUGUUCAUGGGAUCGUGAUCGAGCACCGCUGACUAAUCCAAUGGUUAUCUAACUUAGACUAGUUCGUGAUCCCGAUGAAAUAUAACAGAUCUAGAGUGCGAACGCCUGACCUCUAGACCACUGAGUCGUCAUCCAUUGGUGAGGUAGAUAUCUGUCUCUACCCGAUACAGAUUAGCUCCACUUGUCACGGCUUCUCACCAGAACUCCGAGAAUUCCCUCACGAAGCUAGUCACUAGCGAACACAUGGUAAUUGUCAGUUUAGGGGUUGUGGAGAUUGUUAAGUUUUUGAUUGAGAUCAUGAACCGAUUGAUGUUAGACCACCAUUGAAGAUCUGGAAGCACUGGACAGACGUUUCGUCCUAAUGUAGGACUCAUUGGCAAUGUGCAACCAUGAUCCCACUCGUGGGAUUCGAACCCAUGGCUUUCAGUCUCGCGCGUGAACGCUUAAACUCUAGACCACUGACUUGGUAGUCAUCCAAUGGUGUUAAUGUCUAGCCUCAACCAAUCCACGAAAUCGAGUCACAAUUGUCCCACAAUAAGACGAAACGACCGUCCAGUGCUUCCAGUUUUAUGCAUAACGAUCUUUUAUUGUAGACAAGAACACAAAUGUGUGCUAUAGAAACUAAUUAUCAUUUUAUAGAUGUCAACUAUCUAUUUAUUCCAUUCUAUUAGUUCACGUAAAUUGAAAAUAAUGGACAGUCAAGUUGUUGAAAUACGUCAAGUUCCAUGGACUGCCACACCAGCUACAAUCGCUCAUUAUUUCACCGGUCUGAAUGUUCUUCCUGGUGGAGUAGCCAUUCGAUUGACAGAUGGACGACGCAGUAACACUGCUAUUGUUGCUUUCAAUGAUUCGAAGAAUGCUCAACUUGCAUUAGCAAGAAAUCAACAUCAUUUGUGUAGUUCGUUGAUGACAGAGAUUGCAAAUAAUACAUUGGAUGUGCAUAUUAUGUCGUCAUCCUCAUCAAACAAUCAUGUUACAGACAACAGUAAUCCCACCAAUCAAAUCUGUGUUAAUAGUCGUAGUGAGUGUUCGACUGAUGGUAUUCAACAGAUUAUAAGUGGUUCAAUGAAACCGAUGUACUUGCAAAUCCAUCCAGCUUCAGGGAAGGAAUUUGUUCAGUGUGCUGGAUGUGAUCAAGAAUCUGUUAUAACGUUUUUGAAUCAAUUAACAAAUGGUGAACAAGUUGUAGUACGUGUACGUGGUCUACCAUAUACAACAUGUAAAAAACAAAUUAUUGAAUUUUUCAAUAUUGUUCAAGCACCAAUUAUGUUAAAUGAACAAGGAAUUUAUUUAGUGACUUAUCCAGAUCAACGACCAACUGGUGAUGCAUUUAUUCUAUUUUCUAAUGAUACUAUAGCAACUAAAGCAUUAACACGUCAUAAAGAUUAUUUAGGUGAUAGAUAUGUUGAAUUAUUUAAAGCAUCACCAUCUGAAAUGGUUCAGGUUUGUCAUAAUGUAACACUAUUUCAAUGCUCAUCAUCUGGACAGAAAACAUAUUCAGCCUUAUCGAACAUCCAAUCUAAUGGAAUUAUAGGUGUACCACUAAUAAAUGGAGGAACACAAAUCAACUGUUCUAAUCUAGUCAAUUUUGUAAACAAUAAUAAUAGUAACAGUAGUAAUAACAAGGAAGGUUAUUUAAGCCCAGCUCUUACACAUUUGAAAUCGGCUAUCAGUACUGGAGCCCUAUCAAAUGUACAAAAUCUAUGGAAUUCUGGCACAAUCCCUUUGGGUUUAUCACAUAACUUAUUAACGUCAAAUGGAACAGGAUUGGAUUCAUCUGGCUUAAACGAGAAUUUAUUAUUAAAUAAUACAUUAGGAGGUAUAUCAUCAUCCAUACCAAUGAUCUCACCAAACAAUUCUUCAGUGAAUCUUAAUGUUUUACCAAAUAUACCUAUUACAAAUCCACUCAUACGUGACCUAACUGAUCCAACAGAUCCUGACUGUCCAUUUGCAAGACCAAUGCCAAUUGGUGGUGCAUGUGCUAUGGUUCAGUUGAAUGAAUUGCCCAUGGAAACAUCCAGGCAUGAUAUUCGAUUGUAUUUGGGUCCAGCUAAUUUUGCAAAGGUUUAUCGUAUGAGAAGGAUGGAAACUAUUUCAAACACCACCACCAACACUAACAACAAUAAUCAUACAUCAUCAUGGUUAUUAUCAUUAAAGAAUAUAACUGAAGCUAUUCAAUUUAUUCAUGAUUUAAUUAGUAGACCAUUUACUAUUACUACAUUAUAUAGAAAUAAUCAACAAUUUAAAGUAUUAUCCAAUAUUCCAACAUUUGCAUUAUAUAAUAUUGAUAAUAAUGGUAAAUUAUCAAUUAUUGAUUUAUCAAAUAUAACAUAUAAUAUACCAAUACAUAGAAUCCAUAUGACAUCAUUAUUAAAAUGGAAUAGAUCAAGUCAUUCCAAUUACAAUUGGUCAAGAUCAACAAUAAAAUAUCCGAUUAAAACAAAAAUGAAUGAUCAACAUAUAUUCAAUGCAAUCACUUCACCAAUUCAAUUAUCAGAUACAAAUUUACCUAUUAAAUAUACAUCUUCAUUCAUAAAAAAUUACAAUAUAGAUAAUUAUAUUCAUUCAAUCUCUAGUCUUAAUCUUUCGCCAACAAUAGUUACCAACCAUGAUUAUGAAAGUUUAUUGAUUCCUUCAUCCAAUUUCAUAUCAUCUAACAAUGUAGAUCAUUCAAAUGUUUUAUUAGAUUAUAAAACUUUAUCUCAUUUAAAUACUCAAUCAAGAUAUAAUUUACCAAAUCUUACAGCAUCAAUGGUUAUGUUAACAGGUUUACCAAUUGAUGUAACACAAGAAGAACUUGAAUCAUUAUUUAAACCUGUUAAAAAUCUAUUGACGGCUCAACCAUACUUUAUACCAUUUCAAUAUCAUACAAAUGGAACAGCGAAUUUUUUAGCAAAUUUUAAUAAUCCAUUCGAUGCUCAAACUGCAGUAUAUUAUUGUCCAAAUGGUAGUUUAAGAUCAAAUAAAUAUAUAAUAGGUGCAGCUUGUUUAAUACCAUCAACUAAUACAAACAAUCUCAAUUGCAUAACUUCAUCAUCAUUAUCAUCAUUGUCAUUAUUAUCAUCACCAUUAGUGCCUAUUCAUACAACUAAUAUACUAAACUCUAAUCAUUUAAUAAACACUUCAAAUUUAUUAAAUUAUGAUUUUAUCAAUUCAGGGAUUUCUUUUUUACCAUCAACAACUUCAACAAUUCAACAUAAUAGAUUACAAUGAAAUACAAAAGAGAGAUUCUCUUGUUGCUUAUACCCUACGUUUUACAUUACAAACUACUUUUGUUCUUAUAUAUAUAUAUAUAUAUAUAUAUAUAUAUAUAUAUAUAUAUUCCCCUGUCUUCCUAUCAAUUGAAUAUUUUGCCUUAAUUUGUUAAUGAACAAAUCAUUUGUACACACACACACCACACACACACACACACACACUUUUCCCCAAUUUGUGUAUAGUUGAAAGUUAUACUGGGGAUAAUUUGUUACAAUUCAGUUAUUUUUCUAAUCACUUUGUUUGUUUGUUUGUUUUCUCUUUCUUCAUAUUUAUGUAUAUUCUAAAAUAACAUUGAAGUUGGUUUUUUUUUUAAAAAAAAAAGAAGAUUAAGUUUUGUU